AGAGUUUAUUUUUCUUUUAUGGCUUAUGAGGCCAGUUAAUGAUUAGUGAGCCUCAAGCGGGUGUUGGUGGUAGGUCGGCCUAUGUGCUCUGUCUGACAUUAGGGGUCUGCUUCAUACCAGCACUGAGACUCCAGGCUCAGCGAUGCCCCCAGACCUCUGGGCGAGAAGCGUCUGGUUGUGGGGACCUCUUUUGUGGCUCAGCGUUGGAAGUUCAGGGGAUGUACCUCUUACCCCACAGCCAAAGUGCACUGAUUUCCAGAAUGCCAACCUCCUCCGAGGCACCAAUCUCAAAGUGCAGUUUCUCCUCUUUGCACCUUCAGAUCCUAGCUGUGGGCAGCUACUGGAAGAAAGCAGUGACAUCCAAGACUCUGGGUUCAAUGCCAGUCUGGAAACCAAACUAAUUAUUCACGGAUUCAGGGCUUUAGGAAAAAAGCCUUCCUGGAUUAAUACAUUCAUUAGAGCCCUUCUGAAUGCAGUAGAUGCUAACGUGAUCGCUGUGGACUGGGUUUACGGAUCUACAGGUGUCUACUACUCGGCUGUGGAAAAUGUGGUUAAGCUGAGCCUGGAGAUUUCCCGUUUCCUCAGUAAACUCCUGGCGCUGGGUGUAUCAAAGUCUUCUAUCCACAUCAUUGGAGUUAGCCUGGGGGCCCAUGUUGGGGGCAUGGUGGGACAUUUCUACAAAGGCCAGUUGGGACGGAUCACAGGCUUAGACCCCGCUGGACCAGAGUACACCAGAGCCAGUCUGGAGGAACGCUUGGAUGCUGGAGAUGCCCUCUUUGUGGAAGCCAUCCACACAGACAGCGACAAUUUGGGCAUUCGGAUUCCUGUUGGACAUGUGGACUACUUCGUCAACGGAGGCCAGGACCAGCCUGGCUGUCCCACGUUCAUUCAUGCAGGUUACAGUUAUCUGAUCUGUGAUCACAUGAGGGCUGUGCACCUCUACAUCAGUGCCCUGGAGAAUUCCUGUCCAUUGAUGGCCUUUCCUUGUGCCAGCUACCAGGACUUCCUUGCCGGAAACUGUGUGGAUUGCUUUAACCCUUUUCUGCUUUCCUGUCCAAGGAUAGGGCUAGGAGACCAAAGUGGUAUCAAGAUAGAGCCGCUUCCCAAGGAAGUGAAAGUCUACCUCCUGACCAUGCCCACGGCCCCCUACUGCGUGCAUCACAGCCUMGUGGAGUUUUACUUGCAGGAGCCAAGAAGAAAGGACACAAGCAUCAAGAUCACCUUUGUUAGCAGCAAUGUCACCUCCUCAGUCAAGAUCACCAUACCUGGACAGCAACUCCGGGGAAGAGGAGUCAUAGCCCACCCUGAGCCACAGUGCCAGAUAAAACAAGUGAAAUUAAAGUUUCAGGCUUCCAGCCAUGUUUGGAAUAAAAACAGGAGUACCAUUGUUGGGAAGUUCUGCAUGGCUCCUCUACCCGUCAAUGACAGUAAAAACACAGUCUGUCUGCCUGAGCCAGUGAACUUACAAGSAAGUGUGUCUGUUUUUCAUGACCUAAAAGUAGCCUGUGGAUAGCAUAAACGUGGGUAGGACACCUCCCUGGACUUUUUUUCAGGAAAAUAUGGUGAGGGACAUGUAUAUGUGUAUGUAACAUAUGCUAGACUAUUGCUACUAACAAGGAAGGUCAAAUUCUUGAUUAUAUUCCUCAUAAUUAGUUUCUAUGGAGGGGAGAUGACUCAUUUUACAGAACUUGGUCCCCAUUGCAGAUCUGAAAAGCUCACGUGGAUGCCAUUUCAGCUUCCCUAUUCCUACGUAACUGCAAUUGCCUCACAUCCUUGGGCAUCUAUACUUAGGAUGCCAUUGAAACAGAGAAGUUUUUUUUUUUUAAAUAAAACAUCAUGGAAUUUCUGAAUCAUUUAAAUAUUUUAUUGGAAUGGAAAUUCCCUUAUGUAGAAAAAAAUGAUUUAUAGUCUAUGGGAUUGGAGAAGACAGUAGAUAUUGAAUUCUCUAUAUUAAAGUAGCARCUGAAAAUUAGUUGGAACAAAAGAGGGGAUGAAGAGUGGGGAUGGGGAGGGUGCCACURACCAUCCUUUGGGUCUCUGGAAGGUUUGGAGGAUUUUGAUCUUUGUAAAUAACCUUGUUACCAGUCACAAUCCAUCAAAAAAAUAAAAAUAAAAUAAACAAACAAAACCAGAUGGUGAGCUCAAAUUAAAAGUACUGUUUUCAAUCAUCCGUUGUGGGGAAGCAGUUGUCUAGGGCUAGUGGCGUGGGGGCUGCUGAGACCUGGGGCCUGAAGAUGCAAGGAGAGAGCACCUGAGCCUAGAAGCAGAGGGGGCUGGGAACAGCCAGUCCUCCGGGGAGGAAGCGAUUCCUGACAUCACUUUUCUGGCUCCUUCAUCCUCUUGCUCAUCCUACCCAUUGAAUGACCCUCAACUGGAAGCCAGAAGACAAAAAACACCUCAGUGUGGCCCAAACAGGUCCAGGGCAAAYAUCAGGACAAAGAUGGGUGGGGAUGGGUAGGGUGGGUUAAAAAUGUUUGGGAAACACAUAUGAUAUUCACCUUCACCACCAUUCCUCCUAGAUUCUUCUCUUUAACUAUUUUAAAAACUGAAAUAAAUAUUCUUUAAAUGGAAACUGCUGACUUGUUGAUUCUCUCUCCAUACCAAAGUUGGGCAGAAUGACGUAAGCAGCAGGCUGCAGUUACUCCCCUGGGCCACUCACCCAGGGCAGCUGAAGCCAGAGCUUCCGCCUUUCCAAGCUGUGGAAAUAAGCAGAUGGCCAGGUGAUGCAAUGUGAAUAUUAGCCCACAGGCUUAAUUAUUCUGCACGGUCACAGCCAAUAGAUGAUGACACAUCUGAAGAACCCACAUGUUCCCCAAUACGUAGGCUUGGAAUUUUUUAUUUUUUCAAAAUCAAAAAAACUCUCCUCCUUCAUUUUCCUUGCUGCUUGUUGCUUUUCUUCCAAGUGUGGAUAAAUCAUAUUACCCUUUUGUGAUCAAAAUUAUGUCCCAUGAUGUUGACACUAACUGAGGUUAAAAUGACCUGACCUGCUUUUCACUGAUCUCAUACUUUCAUUUUGCUUUUGGGCAUAGCUGGGGGUGUUUCUUCAUUAMUAGCUUCUUAUUUUAAAGCAGCACUAAAUCCACUCACAUGUUAUUUUGCUCCCCAUAAGAAAUGUUAGAUUAUUACCUUAAAUGGAAAAAAACCAGCUUCCCUUAUAAAUUAACCCUAGAAAUAAAUACAAUGAGAACACGACAAUGUUUAAAAUUCCAACUAAAUAUUGUGGUCUGCCAAAGGCUCUAAGCCCCAGGACUAUUUUUUCCCCCUAAUUAUAAAGGGAAGGUUGGCAAGUACAAGAGAUGUUACAAAUUUAUCCACAAUGAAUGGAGAUUUUCUUCUAUUUGUAACAGUGGAUUAAAAGAAAAUGAAACAUGCAAGAUUUCUCACUGUGGGGUUUAAUGUUAUUUAAUGGUGGGUCUGUGUGCCACUAACAGUUAACUUGUGCAGAGUACAUGCCCUCACUAUGGGAAACCUGACUUGAGUAGGUAGGAUGUCUGUGGGGUUAGGAAUAGCAGGAAGUUAAUCGUAACUCUGCUCCAUGGCAGGCCAAAGGCAGAGUUUGGAUGGCUCUCCACACCUACAUUGCUCACAGGACUCUGCUAAGACAUUUUCAUGAGCAGAGACUAUUAUUUAUUUAUUAUAUUAUUAUUUAUGAUUUUUUUGACAGAAAUAAUUCAGUCAAAAGUCAGAUUCACCACCAACUACAAGACACACUGCUGAAACUGCAAAGCAACUUGACCCUGGAAAGCCACACAAUAAGAACAGCUGAUAUUGCUUUCUAUUAUGCUCCAGGUAUUUGAGUGUUUCACACAUGCUAAAAUUUUAUCCUUCCACAAGCCUAUGAGAAAGAUGCAAUUAGUACUCCCACUUUACAGAUAGAAAAACUGAGCCUGAAGAUCUAUCAAGAUAAUAGGACUAGUAACAAAAGAACCAGGAUUCAAAUAUGAGCUGUCUGGCUCUAGAGUAGGUGAUUAACCAUUCCUCAAACCAAGCUCAGGAACAGUACACCUUAAACCCAUGGAACAGGAAGCUUCCAACAAUGGAAGCUUCCAGGACUGGCUACAUGAUUUUCAGAGAGAACUGAAAAAUGAAGAUCUGUGCUCUUUGCAAAAAAUAAAAAUAAAAAAUAAAAAAAUUAAGAAUUCAAGAUGAUGAUAGCACAUUAGGAAACAAAUUGUGGGCCCUUCAAAAUGUAGGGCCCAGUGUAAUGGCACAGGUACAUGUCCAGGAAGCCAGUCCUGCAGCUGGGUGAGACACAGCCACUAUUAAUGCCCAGAUGCGCUGGACAGUCCAGUCAAACUUGUGUAGUGUAACUGAGUCUAGAUCCAGACAAAGCUUCAGUUGGCUAAGGAAGACAGUUGUAAAGG